AUGCUUGCUUGGACCACAACACCCAUCUCAAACUCAACCUUCCCUGCCCGCCCGCCAUCCUCGUAUUCUCGUGUUCUCAAUUCCUACUCUAUUGGUGCAUCUGGUCAUUCAUUUAAUAUUCUUUCUAGUUGACCCUGGUUGCUUCCGCGAUGUCUGGCCCGCACCCUCCAGACGUCGAAACAACGCCCUCUCCAGCGGUGAGCAGCCUCCGCUCUCGCUUCGAGAAGUUGGCAACAGAGGCCGCCGUGGAAGCACCUUUCAAACGUCCCCCGAGCAGUUUGUCCGUUCAUGACUCUUCCGAUUCCUCAAUUCAUCACGCCAGGACCGCAUCCAACGCUAGCGAUCACCCACCUCCUUCUCAGUACCUUCGCCCCGUUUCUUCUUCAUCGGACAUGAAGGCUGGCAUUAGGAGGCCUGCCCCUCCGCCCCCGUCCCAUCGAGCUGCCUCUCCCUCUCCUCACCCCUCUAGCAGUCCUUUGAUUCGUCCAGUCCCCGAUUCUAUACAACCAGCUCUCCUUCCUGAGGUUAAUGUGGUCGACGAACGUUCUCUAUCAAAGCCAGCUCUCCAAAGAAAACCGCCUCCGCCACCACCACCAUUGCAGCGUCGGAGUGCAGAAGGUUUGAGCAACAAAUUUCAGUGAGUUUGUAUCCUCAACUCUGUACGCCUACGCAGUAUUUGCAUUGAAUUGCAUGUAUGUGCGCUCUUGAUAUGAUGUAAAGCGGGCAUCUUUUGCAAAUAUGAUCGACAACUUCUGUUGCCAGUCCUGUCGUUCCUUCUGCGAUGCCCGUAGUUGAUGAACCGAACACUGGGAGACUGAGCUUGAACUCCUUGUCUCCAUUUGAACCUUCGCGGGGCCCCGUAACACAUGCGACUCGCAGCUCAUUCCUUUCCCCUGAAGCCAUUCACGAUACCGCGACACACCCUGCCAUCAACGGGCAGUUGAUAAACCAGACCCUUCCUAUCAUUCGACCACCUGCUCUUCCGACUAGGAGGAAUGUUUCGCCAUUCGAUGACGCUCAUCUAGCUCCUCACGAGAAACAGUCAUCGUCCACGGAAAGCUACUCGUCGAGCCAAUCUACUAGUGAUAAUGAGAGUAACUCCACGGACCCUUCACCUGUAGCUUCAUCUUCAUCUCUUUCCGUUAAUUCCCGUUUACCUCCCAAACCACCCCCUCGACACCAUGCAUCUCUCCCUCAACACCAGCCAUCACCACAGUCAUCCGUCAGCCCUCCUCCGCUUCCUGCCCGGAAAGCUACCGCAGAACAGACACCGUCUCGGCGCCCGAACCCUUCUCCCGAUGCUGUUUCUACCGCCUCAGGGUUAACUGCCAGUCUUGUUUCGCCUCCAGAGCGAAAGACAUUCGGUUCCUUACCUCCUCCGCCUACUCGGACAAUUGCUCUAGGUGACAAGCUACCACCACCUCGCCGACCUGUGGCGUCCGGUUCAGGAUCAUCCAGUGAAUCAGAAGACGAAGAACUCAAGCUAAAACAAGAUCUACUUCCUGAUUCUAGCCGUUCUUCACGGCGACCGCCGGUUUUCCAGGGCCACUUCAGCACGGAGUUGAACAUACAUAUCCCAACUUAUGCCGCCAUCGUUGCUGUUUCUGGAAACAUUGUCGCCGUCGCUGCGCAUCAUCGUCUUAAGAUCUAUGAUCUGACCGAAUCCGAUAUUCCAGUGCAUGAUCUGGAUGCGCGAGACAUUGGAUUAGAGAUGAAGUCAAAGGAACUGAGGAUUACCGCCAUGGAAUUCAGGCCACCAGAGAAGGACUUCCACAGUGCUCGCUAUCUGUGGGCGGGAACAAAAGAGGGGCAUCUUCUCGAGAUUGACGUUCAAUCAGGUAGCCUAGCAGGCAUGAAGCUCGUGGCGCAUGCCCAUCAAAUUACGCAUAUGUUCCGCUACAAGAGGUCUAUGGCCUCGAUGGACAAUGCUGGCAAGGUGCUGGUGUUCACCGCAGACAGUGGUGGCAGUGUAUCUUUGGCAUACACCCAAUCACGAGUUGUGCGUAUCGCAGACAAACAAGAAUUCGUGAAAGUCCUCGCAGGUCAACUCUGGACGUCUGCUCGCGAAUCCAAUAAUGGGCCUGUUGGUGCGGCAUCCCGAGGGCCUGUGGUUAGGAUCUACGACAUCUUCUCUCCAGCAGGAAUCGGCAAGUCGGUAUUGCCUACUGAACACCUUGGCACUGUUACUUCUGGGACGAUGCUGGCAUCUCAACCCGGAGUAGUCUUCCUGGGUCAUGAAGGCGGCCAUGUUAGUAUCUGGUCAGUACCGGCCGGUGACGCGCUUCCACAAUGCGAAGAGAUCAUCAAGGUCUCUACCUCGGACAUUCUCUGCUUGGAAGGUGUCAACGAUCGUCUUUGGGCUGGCGGUCGCCAGGGUAUGAUUGCUGCAUAUGAUAUUGUUCCCAGACCUUGGAUCAUGACCAACUCUUGGAGAGCUCAUGAAAAGUUGCCCGUUCUGAGUCUCGUCGUGGAUACAUAUGGUAUCGAGCGAAUGGAUCGACUGUGUGUUUACAGCAUCGGGCGUGAUGAACGUCUUCGUUUCUGGGAUGGCUUCUUAGCCCUUGACUGGAUUGAUCAAGAGCUUUUGAGGCGCGACAAGGAGUUCAGCUCAUUCAGAGACAUGAAUGUUCUCAUUGUCUCUUGGAACCUUGACUCUUCUAAGCCGGAAGCUCUGUCCGGUACUCCAGAGAACGUGAACUUCCUCUCGGAUGCAUUGCAUAGCGUCGACAGUCCGGACAUGAUCGUAUUUGGUCUACAAGAACUCAUUGAUCUCGAAAGCAGGAAGAUGGCAGCAAAAACAGUUCUCCUGGGAGCAAAAAAUAAGAAUGCGGACGGAUCCAUCUCGCAGCGUGUUUCGACUGCAUACAAAAAGUGGUUCGAUCGUCUGGUGCAGGCCGUUAGACUCGCGAUGCCCGCUGAUACCCCAUAUACUGUGAUACACACCGAAAGUUUGGUGGGACUAUUCAGUUGUAUUUUUGUGAAGAACACAGAGAAGAUAUCCUUGAAACAAACUGCUAUUACGACAAUCAAACGUGGCAUGGGUGGAAGAUAUGGUAACAAGGGUGGCAUUGUCUGCCGGUUUAUCGUGGAUGAUUCCUCCAUAUGCCUCAUCAACUGCCAUCUUGCCGCUGGCCAAAACCAUGCUCGCCAGCGAAACGCCGACAUUGCUGCUAUCCUAGAGGACAAGUCGGUCUUCCCGGAAACCAUCAUGGACCACGAUAUGGUUGCCUACGUUAAUGGAGGCGAUGGAUCUAUGGUUCUUGAUCACGAGCUAGUAUUUAUUAAUGGCGAUAUGAAUUAUCGUAUCGACCUAAGGCGCGACGCCAUCAUAGCAGACAUCAAGACCGGCAACGUUUCCCACCUUCUCUCACAGGAUCAACUCUUGAAAGAAAUGGCAAAUAAUCGUGGCUUCCGACUGCGUUCCUUCACUGAGGGGAAGAUUACCUUCUCACCGACGUACAAGUACGAUCGGUUCUCCAACGAAUACGACACAUCCGAGAAACGCCGUGCACCUGCUUGGUGUGAUCGUAUACUUUGGCGUUGUAAUGAUAAGGAUCGUGUCGAACAGCUUCAUUAUCGACGAUACGAGGUCAACGUCUCUGACCAUCGACCGAUAUCCGGUGGAUUCCGGAUUAGAGUCAAGUCGGUUCGACACGACGCGAGAGAAAGAAUUAAAGCUGAAGUGCAAGGCCUCUGGAUGGGCCGAGAAAAGGAGCUUCUCGCGACUGCACGCAGAUUCUACAUUGAACAUAUACUAUAGUACAGCCCGCAAUGGUUUUAGUCGAUUUGUAUCCAUGGACAAACACACACAGCCCGGAUGGACAUGAUUCUUUUUCUCGCACUGUAGACUCUCAGUCAUGAUUCUGUGUAGCGUCAGUAAUAAUCGUAAUUGUAAUUUACAUCAAUAGACUUCUGUCGAAGGGUUCAGACACACACCCCAGUUGGUAGUCUUCUAUUGUCUAGAUCUUCACUCAGAGGGCGCCUAUCAUUCCUACUUAGUCCAUUUACGUUUUGGCAACAAGCAUUGUGACGGUU